GCUGCCAUCAUGACGGCUGAAGAAACAGUGAAUGUUAAAGAAGCUGAAAUAAUUAAACUGAUACUAGAUUUUCUGAACUCAAGGAAGCUUCAUAUCAGUAUGCUGGCGCUUGAGAAAGAAAGUGGGGUCAUUAAUGGCCUGUUUUCAGAUGACAUGCUUUUCUUAAGGCAAUUGAUUCUUGACGGUCAGUGGGAUGAGGUUCUCCAGUUUAUUCAGCCUCUCGAAUGUAUGGAAAAAUUCGACAAGAAAAGAUUUCGUUACAUAAUUAUGAAGCAGAAGUUCUUGGAAGCCUUAUGUGUAAACAAUGCAAUGUCAGCAGAAGACGAGCCUCAGCAUCUGGAAUUCACAAUGCGAGAGGCUGUGCAGUGCCUACAUGCAUUGGAAGAAUAUUGUCCCUCUAAGGAAGACUACAGCAAACUCUGCUUGCUGCUCACGUUGCCUCGCUUGACCAACCAUGCGGAAUUCAAAGACUGGAAUCCCAGCACGGCCCGGGUGCACUGCUUUGAAGAAGCUUGUGUCAUGGUGGCAGAGUUUAUUCCUGCUGAUCGGAAACUGAGCGAGGCUGGUUUCAAAGCAAGUAACAAUCGUUUAUUUCAGCUUGUAAUGAAGGGAUUGCUUUAUGAAUGUUGUGUGGAAUUCUGUCAGAGUAAAGCAACAGGAGAAGAAAUCACGGAAAGCGAAGUAUUGCUGGGCAUUGAUCUCUUAUGUGGAAAUGGAUGUGAUGAUUUGGACCUUAGCUUAUUGUCGUGGCUGCAGAACCUGCCAGCUACUGUUUUUUCUUGUGCUUUUGAACAAAAGAUGCUUAAUAUUCAUGUUGAUAAACUCCUCAAGCCUACGAAAGCUGCAUAUGCUGAUCUUUUGACGCCUCUGAUCAGCAAACUUUCUCCGUAUCCAUCAUCCCCAAUGAGACGGCCUCAGUCAGCUGAUGCUUACAUGACCCGCUCCUUAAACCCUGCCUUAGAUGGGCUGUCCUGCGGGUUAACGAAUCAUGAAAAGCGCAUCACAGACCUUGGGACCAAAACUUCUCCGAUGUCGCACUCCUUUGCUAAUUUCCAUUACCCAGGGGUACAGAAUCUCAGCCGAAGUCUUAUGCUGGAGAAUACUGAGUGUCACAGUAUUUUUGAGGAGUCACCUGAGCGUGAUACUCCUGUGGAGCCACAGCAUCCCAUUGGCAGCGAGACUUUGUCCCAGAGUUUAGUUCCAGAAAAUGAACCAGUUAUUGGAGCGCAGAGUCAGGGAUCGGCCAAACAAGAGAGAAGUGAGCUUCGUGAUUCAACAGAGCAGUUUCAAGAAUAUUACAGACAAAGGCUACGUUACCAGCAGCACUUGGAACAAAAAGAGCAACAACGGCAAUUAUAUCAGCAGAUGUUGCUGGAAGGAGGUGUCAAUCAGGAAGAUGGAGCUGACCAGCAACAAAAUCUUACUGAGCAGUUUCUUAACAGGUCUAUCCAGAAGCUAGGAGAAUUAAAUAUAGGUAUGGACAGUCUUGGAAAUGAUGUACAAACACUUAGCCAGCAAUGCAAUGGGAGCAAAGGGAAUGUAUCUACCAAUCUAGCAGGUAACGUUACAUCAGAUGCUACUCAGAGGAUGCCAACUGAUGGCCAAAGCGUUAACACAAGCACUCCUCGAAAACGUGGAUCAGCUAAUCAGAUACCCUUUCCUGAAGAGUCACCUGUGCAGGGGAAUCAAAUUGUAUCGGAACAUGCUGUCACUCAGCCACAGUUGGAAGACUCUUCGGGGAAUCUAAAUAGGACAAGAGGUGAUGAGGAUGACAAAUCAAAAAAGCAGUUCAUUUGCAUUAAUACUCUAGAAGACACACAAGCUGUCAGAGCUGUUGCCUUUCAUCCCAGCGGGAGUUUAUAUGCUGUUGGCUCCAACUCUAAAACCUUGAGAGUGUGUGCCUACCCAGAGGUAAUUGACCCAAGUGCUUAUAAUACUCCAAAACAGCCAGUAGUUCGCUUCAAAAGGAAUAAGCAUCAUAAGGGAUCAAUCUACUGUGUGGCCUGGAGUCCCUGUGGACAGUUGCUGGCUACUGGUUCUAAUGAUAAAUAUGUGAAAGUACUGCCUUUCAAUGCUGAAACAUGCAAUGCAACAGGACCAGAUUUGGAAUUCAGUAUGCAUGAUGGGACAAUCAGAGAUCUUGCUUUUAUGGAAGGACCAGAAAGUGGUGGUGCUAUCUUAAUAAGUGCUGGAGCAGGGGACUGUAACAUAUACACAACAGACUGUCAGAGAGGGCAAGGUCUGCAUGCUCUAAGUGGCCACACAGGUCAUAUUUUAGCACUUUACACAUGGAGUGGUUGGAUGAUUGCAUCGGGAUCCCAAGACAAGACUGUAAGAUUCUGGGAUCUGAGAGUGCCAAGUUGCGUUCGUGUUGUGGGAACAACAUUUCAUGGAACAGGAAGUGCUGUAGCCUCAGUAGCUGUUGAUCCUAGCGGUCGUCUCCUGGCUACGGGACAAGAGGACUCCAGCUGCAUGUUGUAUGAUAUUCGAGGAGGGCGAAUGGUCCAGAGCUAUCAUCCUCAUGCCAGUGAUGUUCGUUCUGUGCGCUUCUCUCCAGGGGCUCACUACUUGCUCACAGGAUCUUAUGAUAUGAAAAUAAAGGUGACAGACUUGCAAGGAGACCUCACAAAGCAGCUUCCUCUUAUGGUGGUAGGAGAGCACAAGGACAAAGUUAUUCAAUGCAGAUGGCAUACACAAGAUCUUUCCUUCUUGUCAUCGUCAGCAGACAGAACUGUAACCCUUUGGACCUACAAUGGCUAGAGUGCAACUAAAGGCAACCUAUGCAGCUGAAGCACAGAGACCUGAGACUACAGAACUGUAGAAACUGAGUAAUAAUAAUUAGGCAUUCAGAGAGCAGCAGUUGAGUAGGAGAGUGUCUUGAAGAGAGACACGUCACAGAUUUUUCUGGUUUCACGGAGGUCUUGGUGUUUUUAGUAUAUUCUUUUGCAGUGCUUUCAGUCUUCCAUGUGAACUCAUGCUGCUGUGACCUAUUGUAGUCUUGUUGCCAAAGUUUGAGAAGAACUCUUUUGUUGUCAGUGUGCACUCUAAGUAACAUGAAUGACGUGUUUACAGUUUGGUAUUAAUUGCAUUCCUUGGUUUUUGCCUCAAUGAGAAUUUUAUAGAAAAACUUAAGUUGAACAACGCUUCAAGUCAGUAUCGAAGUAGUCCCAUGUACACAUAAGAUAUUCCACUGUUUUUUCAGAUUUAUUAUAUUCAUCACUUCUUAACAAGAGGUCAGGCUUUUUAACAUCUCCAGUUUCAACUUUUUUAGUCAUAAACUCUGAACUGUAAAAUUCUGACUAGACAGUAACCACAUCUUGAUUAUAGUCUUUUCAUCUAAAUGGGGAAAUGUUGCUGUUGUUACUACAUGACAUUGUUUUCAACAAGCUGACAUGUUGGAGGGGGGAAAAAAGUACAAUACUGUUGUUUUUUUUUUCUGUAGAAACAUAAAAUAUUUUGCUUUUUGAAUGCAACAGAAUACCUCUGUGUAUAAUGUACUGUAGAAGAGAGUGGACUGGCAGCAGUUGUCACAGUGAGCUUAAUGGCUAUCGGUUUUCAAAGUAAAAGGGAUACCAUUAACACUAUAAUAGAAACCAGCAUGGCUUAAAAUGCUAUGUCUGCAUGAUAAUUUAAGAAUUAAGUAAUUUAAAUUCCCAGUUCAGAAGCUUAUCUGAAUCUUAUUUCUUGCACUGUUUAUGUAUGGGAAAUUAGUUUUAUUUCUACAGAACUUAGAUUUGAAUGUUUAUGUAUUGUUAUAUUUUUUCAUAUUGUACAGUUCCUUUACUUUUUAAAUUUAAACCUUAAACAGUAGGUUAUUUAUUUGAACUGCGGUUAAGUUUUGGAUUCUCUUGAUUACUAAAUUAUACGUGCACUGUAGCAAAGCUUUUUUAACUAUCGUAUAAAAGUGGAAAGGUAAAUAUAGAAGUGUAUCUGUGCUAUAAUCUCAAUAAAGACCUCCAACACCUGCAGCUUACCUUA